AUGUGGACCAAAUUUGAGGUUUCAAAGAUCAAAAGAGAUGACAAGAAGUCGAAAGAUGUCGGAAGAAACUUGAAUGUGAAUGAGGAGUACCUUAGUGCAUUAAGAACCAAAUCCUAUGCAGAAUUCCUCACUAAAGCUCAACUACUACUUGUAAAUGAACAUCCAUCUUCUCCCUCGUUCUGUCACCACAAAUUCUCCAAAAGCCUCCUCGAACCCCGCCAAGAAAAUAUACCUUCCAUUCUUGAAUCAACAAUUUUUGAAAAAACUCCGCAACUAAAAACCCUAAUACUCAAUUACUUUGAUAUUAGUGCUGAGGCUUCUAAAUUUUGCUCACACUUGCUUAAAAACAUCAACCACGUCUACUCUAAUUACGAAUUUAUUCGACGAGCGAUUGAUACAAUUGAUGAUCACAAUUACUCCUCCGAAAAUGUUCAUCAAAUUAUUUCCGAUCUCAAUUCAUUUAUCAUCCAAAACAACCCAUUUUCAAACCCUAAUAUGCUUGAUUUUAAGCUAAUUCACGAUAAGUAUUCAUCGGUGUUACGCCGCCUAAAGUUGAAGGGAAAAAAAUUAGCAAGAAAGAUUAAGUUAAUUAGAUGUAUAGAAAAUGCAUCAGGGAUUUGCAUAACAGCAACAAUUGGGUUAGUUGCAAUCACAACGAUUGUUGCAUUAGCACAUACCCUUGCAGGACUUGUUAUGGCCCCUGCCAUUUUCAGCUUCUCAUUCAACAACUUUAAAAAAACCAAGUUCUUGAGCUUUCAAUUCAAGAGAAGUUGUGUUCUUAAGAAAUUGAGGGAUCAAAUUGAUGUUGCAGCAAAAGGAACUUACAUACUUGAUAGAGAUUUCGACACGAUGAGUCGACUUGUCGCGAGGCUUUACGAUGAAGUUGAGCACAAGAAGACAAUGAUAAAGUUCUGUUUAGAGAGAGGAGAUGACAAGUUUUCUUUACAAAUUGUGAAGGAGCUCAAGAAGAGUGAUGUUGGGUUUAGAAAGCAAGUAGAAGAGCUUGAAGAGCAAGUUUAUUUGUGCCUUGCAACUAUCAAUAGAGCAAGAGCCCUAGUGAUUAAGGAAAGUUUGAGGCAAUAG